CGCAUUUUCUGUUGCACCCACUUUUGGGCUGCAUUCCAGGUUGUCACUCAUGUCAGGCACACACCCCUUGGAGGAGGCUAUUUAAAGAUGAGCUGGAGAAAGCUGCACCCUCCCAAAGACGGAGAAGGAAGGAUAUGCAAGGCAAAAAACUCAGGAUGUACGACCGUGCUGGGGCGAUCUUAGCGUCCACCUUCUUCCUCGGCCUCCUUGAGCCUGGCUGGGCGGCAUCCCGGGCAUGUUCAUACCCAUGCCAGUGUCCCACGCAGCCCCUCCAGUGUCCUGUGGGCACCAGCCUUUUGCUGGACAGCUGUGGAUGCUGCAAGGUGUGCGCCCGCCAGCUUGGUGAGAUGUGCUCCCUCUGGAAGCCCUGCGAUCAUCAUAAAGGGCUCUACUGCAACUUCUCCAAAACCCACAGAGACAGCGGCGUCUGCGUAGCUCAUGAAGGGGCUACCUGUGAUCUGCUGGGGAAGAUCUAUCUGAACGGUGAGACCUUUCAGCCCAGCUGCAAGCUGCAGUGCAUCUGCAUGGACGGGGCCAUCGGCUGCAUCCCCCUCUGUUCCGAUGGUGUGCGGCUGCCUUCCCCAGACUGCCCGUUCCCCCACCGGGUGAAGGUGGAGGGCAAAUGUUGUGAGGAGUGGGUCUGUGAAGGAGGCAACCAGAAGAACCACUUUGAAAAGGGCAUGGCAGUUUACAGGGACAAUCCAUCCCCCAAACCGAAUCUUCAGCUCAACAACCUCCAGGAAAACUGUUUGGUGCAAACCACGGAGUGGAGCCCCUGCUCGAAGACCUGUGGGAUGGGCAUCUCUAUGCGGGUCACCAACAACAACCCUCAGUGCCAACUGGAGAAAGAGAGCAGGCUUUGCAUGGUCCGAUACUGCAAUGUCCCUUUGGAAAAGAGCAUCAAGAAGGGGAAGAAGUGCGUGAGGAAUCCAAAGCCACGCAAGGCGAUCCACUUUGAGUUCACAGGUUGUUCCAGCACCCGUGCCUACCGGCCCAAAUUCUGUGGUAACUGUGUGGAUGGGCGCUGCUGCACUCCGCACACAACCAACACUGUAGAAGUGGAAUUCCAGUGCCCGGAGGGAGACUCUUUCGUGCGCAAGAUGAUGAUGAUCAAAUCCUGUUCCUGCCAUUAUGACUGCCCAGCAGACAAUGAUAUCUUCCUGGCUGUCUACCACAGACGGAUGAUCGGGGACAAUGUGAAAACAGAGAUGCAGUAGGUCUUCCCCAUCAUGGGGAGAGGCUGAGGCUUAUUGGUAGAACAUCUGCUUGGUGUGCAGAAGGUCCCAGAUUCAACACCAGGCAUCUCGUUGAAAGGAUGGCAGUGGGUGAUGGGAAAGACCUUCCCCUUAAAUCCUGGACAGCCACCAAUCUGAGUAGACAAUACUGAUCUUGAUGGACCAAAGGCAGCUUCAUGUGUUCAUGUGUAUUCAGGCUUCCCAUUAAGAGAACAGAUCAAGACACUUCUGCAAUUGAUCCUUUGGACAAAGCUGAGACUGAUCCAGAAGUUUCUUAGGCACAGAAGGCUUUGUAAGAAGGACAGUAGCCUGGAAGGGCUUGGUGCUGUGUGCUAUUGUUCACACCCAAUAUUUCUUGUUCUUAAAGGUGAAUCUAAGGCAGUAGCCAAGUCUCAAUGGAGAGUCCAGAUCCAGUCCUGUCAAAUGUUCAGGAAGCUUGAUAUCCAGCUCUCUGUAUCCCUGCAAAUCAGUCACCCUGCUUGCUUAUGCAUAGUAUGGAUAUCCCCUCACUUCCCAUGAUCCAUCUGUAUCUCACCACUGCCACCAGUUGGUACUUCUACCACAGACUUUAACAAAAGAUGCCACUCCUGAGGCCAGAUUUCCAUGGACACAGAAGUGGAAUCCAGGGCCAGCAAAACAUGAAUAUGUAUCCAGUCCCUCAUCUCUGACUUUCUAAUCUGUGCUUGACUCGAGGAGAAACCCAUUUUUGGGAUUGCUUGCUCCGAAUGCUGCAGGCUACUUAAACUGAACAUAUUGAGCGUGUGCUACAACGUACAUACCAGAGGGAACCAGCAAAGGAAAACUUGGGGGGCGGGGGGCAACAGAAGCAUAAAGACAGUGACGGAGCGUGAUAACUUCUAACGUAGAGUUAUAUGGGCCUCAGUGAGGCGUUCUGAGGGCAACAUUGAUUUGGGUUUGUUCUUUUUGGAGAGCAAUGGAGACUUACAGUGUUUUUGUAACAUUUGCCUCAUUAAUAUAUAUAUAUUUAGAGUACAGGGCAAGGGACAGAGGCAGUCUUAUAGGCCAACAGCUCUGCAACCUUACGUGAGAUUCUGAGAGAGAGAGAGAUCCUGUUCCUUAAGAUGUUUCAGCCAACUAUGUUUUCUUGCCUUACCUUUUCUGUCCCAGAAUCUAAACUGCUGUUUUGCCACACAAACAUGCACAUUUGUACCUUCCCCCCAGCUUCUCCAAACUCUAACAGUUCAUUCAACUAAGCCAUCUAAAGAAUGUCUCUUAGUACAGAGAUCCCCAACAUCGUUGGGCCUGUGGGCCUUUUGUGAAUCACCACAAAAAUGGCUGCCACAGGGGUAGCAAUCACAAAAUGGUUGCCAUGGAGUUCUGGAGCCAAUCACCAAAUAUUGGGAGAUUCCAACCAAUGUUCCCUCCAAUUUCCCCUCCCUACUGAGCAGAGCAGUUCACAUCCUGAGCAGAACAUAACUGCUGUAAUUUUAAAAUGGGCAAUGGGCAGUGCAAGACCCUGGGUGGCUUCAGACUGCUGCUGAGCAGGGAUUCCUGUGUUAAUGAGUGGCCACUCAUCUGCACAACUUAGAGGGAACACUGGUUCCAACUCACGCAUCCACCUUUAAUAGAGGCAACUGUUUCUGAAUAAGUGCUCCUUGUAGACACAAAGGUGAGUCUUCUGAAGCACCUAAUGCUCCAUUGAGGUGGAGAAAGGAUGCUUUGGAAAAGAAGGAAGUGAGCCUCUGGAAUUGCACUGAUGGAUACCAAGGAACCUGUGGGCGCCAUGCUCGGUGGGGACCAGUGUCCUAGAAAUGCUCACCUAGGGUUGUCAGACUCCAGGUGGGGCCUGGAGAUCUCCUGCUUUUACAGUUGAUCUCCAGCUGGCAGAGAUCAGCUCCCCUGGAGAAAAUGGCUGCUUUGAAGGGUGGACUUUGUGGCACUGUACCAUGCUGAGGCCCCACCCCUCUCCAAACCCUGCUCUCUCCUGGCUGCACCCCCAAAGUCUCCACGUAUUUUCCUACACACACCUGGCAACCCUAGAAAACACCCACAGCCUUAAAAAAAAAUUGCCAUUUGUAGGCCUGACUCCUCUCAGACAUUCUGAUACAGGUCAAUACAUACUAUGGAACCAUCUUCAGUAGCCAGAUUGUAGACCCUCCACAUCUAGAGCAUGGCUGCUGGAUAUCUGGCCCCUGGGACAUGGGUGCUCAAUGAUGCUUCUUUUCCAGAUGGCAGUAAUCACCAUGAAAUAUUCACAUCCGCAGACCCUCCUCCCAUUUUCCAUCUCCUGCCUCAACAGAAGAUCAGAAACUCUCUUUAAGAGAUGGGUUUGGCAAUGUAGGUUUCAUGGCUUCCACUUUCAGCUAUAAAUACCAUUGUAAUUGUUGUUAUUAAAAACCUUUGUAUAGUUACUUAUCAUAAGCACACUUUUAAAUCACGAAUUAACGCCGUGUGUGUCCUGGUUUUGAAAAACUGUGUGCUCCCUGGUGUGACUUGGCAAAGCAGUUUUAAGACAACGGUGCAUUGAAAGCUAAGGAUAAUAAUUUUUUAAAGGGAAAAAGUUAAACACUUUGGUAAUGUGGCAGCAUCAAGGAUUCCAAGAAGGUUGGAAAUCUAGGAGAUGUGGCUUAGUGACAAGAGUGGAGGUUUUCCAUGCAGAAGAUUCCAGGUUCAAAUCCUGCCAUUUCGAUUUGAAAGAUCUUGAGUCACUGGUGCUAGGAAAAGUUCUAAAGAGUCACAGCCAGUCUGAAUGCUGAGACAGAUGGACCAACCAUCUGACUUUGUGACCGGCAGCUUCAUUUAGUUAAGACUUGGCCAUGCAUGUGUUUUUGACAGCCCAUCAAAAAUACCACAUCAGCAGUGAGUAAGCUUUAUUGUUCUGCAGAACUCUUCAUUGGGCUAGAUGGUCAGAAUGGGAAAAAUGUGGACAGUAGGGAGGGGGGAAAAGAUGUUUCAGAAAAAAUGGAAACUUCAGUAUGCAGAUGGUACAGGCUUAAAAUUUAAUUGGAUUAGAUGGUGAUGAGUGAGGAUGUGUUAAGAACAGAAAAAAACAACACUGCCUUUGUUUCUUUGUCUCUUGGAGUUUCCAAAAUGUUCUGUGGAACUCCAAAGCUUGCUCCUUAUUUUGUGACAUUUUGGUCGAUCAUAAUAAAAAGUGAUGACAUA